UUAGUUUGAUAGAAUUUGGAUGUCGCAUACUUUUUACAAAUGCGUUCUUAGAGUAUUUCAUUUGACCAUUCCAGUGCAGUUUCAAUUGACCAUGUUAAGAAUUACUAUUAAACAGUCCCUAUUCCGUAAAGAUUAUUUAAAAACAAGGAAUCGCUUGUUAAAACUUUCAAUGGUUGCAAGGUACAGAAAAUGUUCUUCUGAGCGCGCGUCUACGUGUACGUUUAUGUGCACAUCUGUAUCUCAUAUGAAUGCGCUUCCAUACAUGGAUACGGUUAAACCUAUGAAAAGUUAGCAGACUAUGCGUUGGAGAAGCUAAUUAUGAAAGAAAAUGGCUAGAAAAGGGGCUAUAAUUACGUAAUAUAUUUAGGAACGACGGGAGAGAACAUUACCUAUAGGUAGUCGUAUUAUUAGGUAGACUCCAAUGUGAUAUAUACACGCAAAAGAUAACUUUGUCUAAGAGUUUAUAAUACUUUUGAAAAGGGCCGAUCUUUCAUCAGGGUCGUUGGAAAGAACUUAGUAACGUAGUAGUGUACUACGAGUAACGAGAAAAAACAAAAAAAAAAACAAAAAACAAAAAACAAAAAAAACUCUGUACUCAAUAGGACCACCAACCAAAAUAUUCUCGUUCGAAUUGUACAGAAUCAACGAAUUAACUUAAUAGAUCCACGCAUGCAACAAUUUUGAUUGUCAUUAAAAUAUUUUUAUUCGAUCAUCUUUUAGAUAACUUUAAGAUAACAUGAUGCUUCGCGUUAUCCCUAACAUUCUUUGCCUUUUUAAUCGUUAUUAUCGACACAACUUUCUUCCUCGAUCGUGAUCGAAGAAAGGUUAGUUCGUUGUAAACGCCUACUACAGAUUUUAGACAAUCCAUAUUUCUUCCUCCAUAAAGAAUCGAUGAGAAUAAGCAUGAGGAUUCAAAGGAUGGAAAGGGAAGGGAAGGACAAAGUAGUAGAUAGAUUUGUAAUAUAAUUUAGUUGCGGUGACGUGCCACGGGACCAUCAUUAAGGAACGAAGAAUGAUAUCGCGCAUUGAUUUUCCGUUAGUUUUUUAUAUUUAAGUAACGAUCUCGUAACGUCUUCCAACUAUCCCACACACAGUUAUGUCUACCUUAACGUUCGUGGGGAUCUCCUGUCCUCUCAAAAACGAUUGUUAUUCGAAUAAAGGAGGAUCUUACGAUCAAGACUUUUUUCUUAUUAAACUCUCGCAUUCCUUUUCUUGUAUUACUCGCAAGAAACUGUGUACGUAUACAUAUCUAUGUACAUCCGGAAAACAGUGCAAGCGGAUUAGGAAGGAGUGCGGUUAACGAGUUUAUCGACAAUGUGCAGUAAUCGUUACGAAGUGUUGUUAUCAGGUUAUGCAGGACGCAUGCGAUUCAAUAACGCAUUGAAAUGCGUUGAAACGUGACAUCGGUUUCCCUUUAAUUCACGUGAUUAUAUAUAUACGCGAUAAUGUGAAAGGUUUGCAGCCGUUAGAUAAGGACUCGACUCGAACUACGCAAAUAUUUCAUUUGUUUUAACGAGUUAUCAGCAUCAGAUCAGUGUACAAUUAAGUUGUUGAAAAAAUUUUUCCGGUGAUUCAAGUAUACCGGAAUAUAACUUCAUCCUAGAUAGAGAGACGUAUAAAGUAGACAAAAGGCAAAGUAUGGCAAAAGACAUUGCGCCGUAGAAGAAUGCAGAGCGCAGAGAUGGACGGUAACAGGAAUCAGGAAUCCUUCCCAUUCCGUAAUCUUACAGAAUUGUACAAAGGUCUGGAAAAUUUAAUAACAUGGCCAAAAACGACACCUUUAAGGGAGUCGACUGAAUACGUUCAUCGAGGGCUCGAGGUACAUUACUCUGGAUCGAGAUUAACCAAAGUUGGAAAAGAUAAAGUGCCAAGGACAUUGCUUUGUCACGAUAUGAAAGGUGGUUACCUCGAAGAUAGAUUUAUAAACGGUUCCAAUUCAAACGAAGAGUAUCUAUUUUAUCACUGGAGCGUCAUAGAUACGUUCGUUUAUUUCAGCCACUAUUUCGUGACCAUUCCACCUUAUGGAUGGAUCAAUGCAGCUCAUAGCCACGGAGUAAAAGUGUUGGGUACGGUGAUUACGGAACACGCCGACGGCAAAGUUAUUUGGAAUCUGAUUUUGGAGUCUGAAGAAACCGUAAAACGUUUUGCCAAUGCCCUCGUUCAAAUAGCAAAAUUUUAUAAAUUCGAUGGUUGGUUGCUCAAUGUUGAAAAUAGUAUUAAACCAGAAGGGAUUAAUAAUCUCGUCUACUUUGUUAAAUAUUUGAGCGAUCAUAUUCACAAGGAAAUUAUUGGCUCUGAAAUAAUAUGGUACGACAGUGUAAUCAACACGGGAGAAUUGAAGUGGCAGAAUGAGCUUAACGAGAAAAAUAAGGACUUCUUUCUAGGUUGCGAUGGAAUAUUUUUAAAUUACAAUUGGUCAGAUUCGGAAUUAAUCAAUAGUUGUAUUCUCGCGAUAGAUCUCAAACGAGACGUAAAGGACGUUUACGUGGGCUUGGACGUUUGGGGCAGAGGAUGUCCUGGUGGUGGCGGUUACAAUUCUGCUCAUGCACUCGAAAGGAUACGUAAACGGAAUCUAUCGGUUGCCAUUUUUGCUCCAGGUUGGACGCAUGAAUAUUUUGGACCCAAAACGUUCGGACAAUUGGAAGACAUGUUUUGGGCUCAACUUUUUCCUUUCUUAUACGUUCAUAUUCCAAUCUAUGACAAUGAAAGAUUUAACACGUCCUUUUGUCGUGGCAGUGGCUCGGUCUAUUAUCGUCGUGGUGUAACGCAAUCCGAAGUAUACGACGAGAAGCCGUUCUAUAAUUUGUCCAUGCAAAAAGUGCAAAUUUCGGUGCCCGUGCCACUUUUGAAAAUUUUGGGCUACACAGAAGAAAAGCCUACCGAUGACAACAAAAGUUCUUCGAAGAAAGAAGCUCUUUACGUGUACGAAACCGAAAAGUGUUACGUUCGGUUCUUGGGCAAUGUCGUGAGUUUUCAACCAAAAUCAUUACCUACGAACGUGAAUUAUUUCGAAUUUUCCAAUGUAUAUUCGUACGAGGGCGGAGGCAGUCUUAAACUGAUAACAAAGAAUCCCGACGAAUAUCAUAGAUUAUUCUUAAUAUACGUCGAGUUUGAUCGAAAUAUUCAAGGAUCCGUCGUUUACAAAGCAGAAGAAAUUAGCUCGGGAAUUAGUUCGAUAAUCGACGAACCUGUUUUGUUAUUGGCCAAUGAUUCGGGCUUGAAGAUCAUCCUGCCGUACGAGACGUUCGAGUUGAACGCAGGUUGGAGAAAGUGUGUCUACCUGACCGACAUGAAGACCGUGAACGAAAUUGGAAUAAAGUUCUCCAAAGAGAGUAGUUGUUAUUUGGGGGAGAUCGUUUUGGAAGGGAAGCAUCGUCGAUACGAUCGUUGCGAGUCAGCGGACUGUGCCAACCGGAUCAGCGACUACACUGUGUCUAUUGACCUUUCUCGAGGAAGUCAGAAACAUAGGAAGGAGUAAUAUAACAUUGAUAUAAGAAUAAGAUCGGGCCUGGAACGACCUAUAGAAUCGAAUUGUUGCUAAUCGCUAUCAUCGCGUGUAAUAUGUAAACGAGAAGAUAAAAGAUAAUCUUAAAGGUCGAGAUCCGAAGGGAGCCGAAAGAUCGAAUAAGAUUUAGGUGGAACAUGA